AUGAGCACCAUGUUCGCUGACACUCUCCUCAUCGUCUUCAUCUCCGUGUGCACCGCGUUGCUGGCCGAGGGUAUAACUUGGGUGCUGGUAUACCGAACAGACAAAUACAAGAGAUUAAAGGCUGAAGUGGAAAAACAGAGCAAGAAAUUGGAAAAGAAGAAGGAAACAAUAACUGAGUCAGCAGGCCGACAGCAGAAAAAGAAAAUAGAGAGACAAGAAGAGAAACUGAAGAAUAACAACAGAGACUUGUCAAUGGUUCGGAUGAAAUCCAUGCUUGCCAUUGGCUUCUGCUUCACUGCCUUGAUGGGAAUGUUUAACUCCAUAUUUGAUGGCCGAGUGGUGGCAAAGCUUCCAUUUAUCCCCCUCUCAUACAUCCAAGGAAUCUCCCACCGCAACCUGCUGGGUGAGGAUUACACCGAUUGCUCUUUCAUCUUCCUCUACAUUCUCUGCACUAUGUCCAUCAGACAGAACAUCCAGAAGAUGCUUGGUCUUGCUCCUUCCCGGGCUGCCACCAAGCAAGCAGGGGGCUUCCUUGGGCCGCCACCUCAGGCAGGGAAGUUUUCCUAAAGCAGGAUUACAGCCUUCAUGACAGAUUUGACCAGUGCACAAGACUGCCUUUGGGAGGUAACAAGAUGAGAUUCUGCACCAGGCUCUGCACGUCCAAAACCAGCCUGUGCAGUAUUGGCCACAGUCUUGGAGACAUCUUCCGUUUGAAGUAUUCUACCAGCAGUUGUUUGCUCAUCAAACCGAGAAAGUUCUCAGAA